UCUGUACCUGGCAGCCGCAGCGUGCGGACGUUGGUCUGUGGAAUAAUUUCUGUACCUGUGUGCAUAUUGUGGAAUAUUGAAAUAUAUCAUUUGUUAACAGUGUCUGAAGGAGUUUUACUACAAUUCAGAAGCGGUCCGGAGUGAGGAGCUAUGGAAGAGGGACGGCGCAGGCGUCUUGAGACGCCUGAACGCAGCUCCACCCGGCGACGUGACGUCGCCGAGGGUGACGGGGCCAGUCGGAGUGGAAGCCGCCGACGCAGUGAAGUACACGUGGAUACGUGCAGAAGACGCACCGACUGUCGGAGUCACAGCCCUGAUCGUGCCAGCGAGCGCAGUCGGAGUCUACGGGAGAAGGAACGUCUGCUGGAGCGAGAGCGGGACCGAGUAAGACGCCUGGAAGAGGAGGUAAAUCGUGAACUGAGUCGUGUGCGUUCAGGGUCUGGAGCUGGCGAGCGCUCCCGAGAUAAUCGAGAGCAGUGUCGUCGGCGAACCAAGUCUAAAACCCGUGAGCGCUCACGCUCACGUCUGAGGGAGAACGAUAGACGAUCUACAUCGCCGAGCCAGAAUAAUCGUGCUCAAUCUCACGAUCGCGAUGGACGGCGCGACCGAUACCAGAAGAAGGACGAAUCCGGUACUCGACACAACCGCGGGACAGGGAGUCCGGCUUUCUCCACAAAGGAUAUUAUAGAUAUUUUAAGUUCGAUUAAACCACCCCAGUCAUCACCGGGUACACACAGUUCGAGCAGUUUAAAUCAUAAAAAUAUUUUGCCUGAGUUUGACCCAUCGUCAAAAAAUCAAAGAAUAGAUAUUUGGUUACGAAAAGUGAACGAGUGUGCUACCGUUUAUGGCUGGGAUGACAAAACUGUAGUACAUUUCGCCAUGCAGAAACUCCAGGGAUUGGCCAAAACUUGGUACGAAGGGUUGAACUCCAUUCUUUUUAGCUGGCCAGAGUGGCAGGAAAAACUGUUGACAGCAUUCCCGUGUGAGCAUAACUACGGUCAAUCCCUGGAGGACAUGCUGAAACGAAAGAGCAGAGCCAAUGAAUCCAUUGAGGUGUAUUUUUACGAAAAGAUGGCCCUUUUGAACCAAUGCGACAUCGAUGGUAAACGCGCCGUCGAUUGUGUUAUACACGGACUAAGUGACAAAACCAUGAAAAGUAGUGCCCUUGCUUUGCGAUGCAAGCACCCUGACCAGCUCCUGCAAUUUCUCAUGAGCAAUAAAGAGUCUGCACAAGCAGGGUACCAAACGGAGCGGUUUAAUUUUCGGAGUAGACCAGUAAACGACAAUAGACCCACGAGUAGCAGUUUUGAUGGUAAGAGGCCUAACGCUGCAACUGGCAAUUUCGGAAUAUUCUGUUUUAAUUGCAGGGAACGUGGACACCCGUGGAUGAAGUGUCCCAAACCUUUGAUAAAGUGUGUCACAUGCCACAGAUUUGGUCACAAAUCUGAAAGUUGCAACUUUGGGUCUCAAACUGGAAAUGCCAGCAAAGGUGAAGCUACGCCCAAAACGAUGUGCAUCUCAGCCUCUAAAUCAAACUCUAAGUACACAAAGCCAGUAACAGUAAAUGAGAGACAGUUCCAGGCUUUUGUAGAUUUCGGAAGCGAAGUCUCGCUGCUGGCAAAAUCAAUUGUGCAUACAUUAGGACUAGUGUGUGACAAUGGGUUAGUGCCGUUAAAGGGUUUUGGUAACGAAAUUGUCCACUCAUUUGGAAGCGUGAAGGCUAAUCUUGAAGUUGAUGGAGUAAAGGCCGAAGUUAAGUUCCAUGUUGUGGAAGACCGAUUCCUAGAGGUACCCGUACUUAUUGGUCAGUCUUUCACCGAACAACCGCACAUCGUCGUGUAUAAGAACUCGGAAUGCUUAAAGUUCUUAAACCUGGAGCAUGAAAUGCCCUUUGCUGAUACCAGUCUGGACGACGCCCAAAGCGUCAGGGUUAUGGUUUCUUCUUGCGUCCAUGUUUAUGGACCAACGACGAUCACAGCUGCUACAGAACCACAAAUGAAUGGCAAUAUCAUCAUCAGCAGCAAGGUUGUAGGGAAACCGACAAACCAGUUUACUAUCUAUGGAGGAGUGUACCGCGUGAUAAACGGUGUGGUAAAAAUCAGUGUUGCUCCCAUCUCUUCUCAGCUUCGGCUAAUAAUGGGUGCAACACUGUGUCGUGCCACAAAAAUUCACUUGGUGAACCGUAUUGUGUCGCCUGAAAAGGACAUGUUAGCCACUGCUAGUGAUGAUAUUGACGAACGCUUGGUUCGGGUAGGGGACAGCGCUGAUGAAACAGACAAGCAAAAGCUUUACGCUAUCUUGCAUAAGUACAAGCAUUGCUUCGCUUCUACGUUAAAAGAGCUAGGGUGUACGAAUGUGACAGAAAUGACAAUUGAAAUUAACAGCAAGCGCCCUAUCGUAUAUCGCCCCUACCGCCUGUCACACAAAGAGCGCGAGCAAGUUCGGACCAUGGUACAGGAGAUGCUCGAAGCUGAUAUUAUCAGAGAAUCUACUUCCGAAUAUGCCAGCCCGAUCAUCCUGGUCCGCAAGAAAGAUGAUCUAGAUGACGAUGAAGAUAAGUCAGAUGAAAUUGAUAAUUAA